AUGAAAUAUUUCCUAUUCGGGGCUCGUCUAGGCCGCACUUCCUCUUUUCUGGCCAAAUCCGAGAUUUAUGAAUCGUUGCCUUUAACAUUUGGCACCUUAGUUGGCAAACCGUUCCGCUGCAACAUGUCCAAAAUAGAUGAUACAACCCAAGAGCGGUUUACCCCAUACUGUGCAUCGAUAAGGAGGAAUCCUGAAAAAUCCGUUGGGGAGCAGCUUGUUCUGCCAAAAUGCAAGAUGCCUACUCGUGCCGAAAUCGAACCGGUCGAGUUGUUUGUGGCCAGUGCAGUGCAACAACAGUACGAAUCUGGGGAUGGUACCAAUCCAACUGAGAACUACAGCGCAUUAAUUGAUCCUUUUCUAGUAAGAAAAGAUCUCGCUAUGAUCCACCGCAUUCUUUUGGCUCUGCGUACUUCGGGGCAUGGCGCAACAUUGAAUCGUCUAGCUUCUUCGGCGCGGCAUGCCCGACUUAUUCACCAUAUUAUUCGAUUGAAUCCCUUUCGACUACCGUGUCCCGCAGAAUCGCAAUCUUCAAUGGACGACUAUGUGGACUAUGAUAUCGCUGAUGCGCAACUGCAUCUUAUGAUGGCUUUGGUGUCGGCAAACUCAGUUUUUAUGAUACCCAUCCUUACCUCGCUUUGGUCAAUGUUAUCGUUUGAAAGUGUUGACGCACCCUUCGAACAAACGCAACGGCUUCAUGCUGCAAUGGCCACAAUUGUUCGACUUUGCCCAAAGGCAAAAAAGGUGGUUAGAUAUGUCCCCGCCAUGGAAGCACAGGUUCUCGAGUUUUUGAUUGAGAAAAGUUUAGAAAUGGACGUCGAGAUAAAAAUUGACGAAGGUGGGGAAGCUGAAAUCGACACGGACUACAGUGUUUUUCAAUUGGACAUGGACUCCGAUGCACAUUCAUUGCGACGGAGGCAGCUAAAUGAAGUGAAUGUACAGGAAAGUAUCGUGAAUGAUAUGGCCGAAAAGCUCGACUCCUUGAUGUUUCUUUUGCUUGAGUAUGUCGAGCAAAGCUGUGCUGGCAAUGCAGAUCUCAUUCGUGAGAAAUAUCGCAUUCUUGCCCAAUUUUUUGAAUCCUCCAUUAUCAUUACGCACAAGUCUAAGUUUGUACAGUUUUUGAUAGUGCACGUUUGUGGCCUGGAAAACAAGGCGCUGGAAUCAGCAUCUUGCCAAAACGACCAGUCCCCAGCGAUACUCUAUCGAAAGUUUGCGAGCAGUCUUAUUCAUGUGAUUGUAGAUCCCUACCGUGCGACGGUUACUCGACAAGCAGCUGCUUGUUAUUUGGCGUCGUUUGUCAGUCGAGCUUCGUUUGUUUGCGAAGAAACUUGCUGUGAAUCGGUCUGUGCUCUUUUGCGAUGGGGUGAAGCAUAUAUGCAGUCAUUGGACUCGCUUUCGGUUCACGCAGCUGAUGCACGAGAGCAAUGCAAUUUUCACUCAUUGUUUUACACGAUUAGUCAAGCAGCAUUUUACAUCAUGUGUUUUCGAGGGGUGGAAGCUAUUGAGUUUUAUCGAAAAUCUACGAAACCAUCGAGCGAUGGUUUUGCCCAACCAGAGCAUCUCGAUAUUUCACCUGAGCGAUGGACGAGUCUCUGCUCGCAUCCACUACAGCCCCUUCGUUACUGCUUGGAAAGCGUGCGUAAUGAGUUCCUGGAGUUGUCCAAGUUUUGCCACCUCAUCAAUGCAAUUGUCUAUUGUCAACUAGCACAAGACGAGAACAAUGUUGUCAAGCGCAAUAAAAGGCAGGUAACUCCUAUCGCAACACCGGCUACAUUGGAAAAGGAACGCCUUAGUGGCGGCGUUGGAGGUUUGGGAAAAGGUACCAAUCCUCUUGAUUCUUUCUUUCCAUUUGACCCGUAUUUGCUGCGGAAAUCACAUGUUUUCGUGGACCCAUUUUAUAAUCAUUGGAACGGUUCAAUCACGGAGCGGUUUAUGAAAGACGAAGACAGCGUCUUGAAUCCCUCGGAUGAGCAACAUGUGGAUGACGACGAAUCUGACAACAAAAAGGGUAGCAUUGCGGAUGGUGUGAGCCAUGAUGAUUUCGAUAAUGAAAUUGUGACGAAAUCGUUUCAGCCUAUGAGUCUUGGCUCAGAAUUCGGGCCAGCAAGCGCUUCGAGUAGAUCAACUGUUUCCACUGAAAGCUCAUCAAACGUCCCUUUCAAGCGAGAUUCUUCGCGAGAACCAUGGACCGAUACUAUGAAAAGAUCCAGGGCUCCGAGCAUGGAAAACGGUAGCUGGUAAAUGAAUUGCUUAGGCAUAGAAGGUUUAUGUUACUUCU